UUCACUUUUGGGUCCGGAACCAGUCUCAGCUAGCCGCGCGGGGAUCCCUCCCCACGAGCGCACAGGCGGGGAUCCAGCUCGGACCGGUCUGACCAGUCCCGACAGGUUCCUCCGCUUACUGCCACUCCCCUGCCUCAGAGCCAAGGCCUUGAGCUUGCAGAGCACAGCGCCUGCGACCCGCCAGGACCAGCUGCGACCCCCGCGACGAGGAAGUCCUGCCCCCCUGAGAGCAUCAUGGCUCCUCCUUGGAGUCUCUGGCCCCGCCCCUCAGCCCUACUGUGCACCUUGCUGCUCCUACCCUGUGCCCCUGCCCUGCGCCCGCCCCCGCAGCGGCCCAGCUUCCUCAUCAUCAUGGCGGACGACCUGGGCAUCGGUGACCUCGGCUGCUAUGGCAACACGACCCUCAGGACCCCGCACAUUGACCGCCUGGCUGAGGACGGCGUCCGCCUCACCCAGUACCUGGCCGCAGAGUCGCUGUGCACACCCAGUAGGGCCGCGUUCCUCACCGGGCGCUACCCCUUCCGCUCAGGCAUGACGUCGGGCUUCGGGCACCGUGUGCUGCAGUGGGCGGCGGGCGCGGGCGGGCUGCCCCCCGAGGAGGUCACGUUCGCCCGGAUCCUGCAGGAGCGCGGCUACGUCACAGGGCUCGUGGGGAAGUGGCACCUGGGCCUGAGCUGCCGUUCGCUGACCGACCUGUGCCACCACCCCCAGCGCCACGGCUUCCACCACUUCCUGGGGCUGCCGCUCGGCAUGAUGGGAGACUGUGCGGGGGCGGAGCCAUCUGAGAAGAGGGCGGGGCUGGAGCGCGGCCUGCACGGGGCAGGGCGGGGCCUGGCGGCCACGGCGCUGGCCACGGUGGUGGCGGCCAUGGUGGCGGCGCUGGCCGGGGCUCGGAGCCGGGCCGCCCUGUGGGCAGCGCUGGCCCUGGGCGUGUCGGCGGCCAUCUUGGAGGCGGGGUCUUACGUGGUAGGCGGGGCCAUCACGCACGUGGACUGCUUCCUCAUGCGCAACACCACCGUCACCCAGCAGCCCCUGCAGCUCGGGCGUGUCAAUCCCCUGCUGCUGCGCGAGGCCGAGGACUUCCUGCGGCGGCACAGCCACGCCCCCUUCCUGCUGUUCCUGUCACUGCUGCACACGCACACGCCACUGGUGACAUCACCCGCGUUCCAGGGGCGGAGCCAACACGGGCGCUAUGGCGACCACGUGGAGGAGAUGGACUGGGUGGUGGGCCGCAUCCUCCACACGCUGGACUCGCUGGGCCUCGCUGACCGCACGCUCGUCCACUUCACGUCUGACAACGGCGGCUGGGCCGAGGCCGUGGUGGGCGGGGAGCGGCUGGGCGGCUGGAACGGGAUCUUUCGGGGCGGCAAGGGCGUGGGCGGGCUCGAGGGCGGGCUCCGUGUGCCGGGCAUCUGGCGCUGGCCAGGCGUCCUCCCGCGGGGGCGUGUCCUCGAUGAGCCCGCGAGCCUGAUGGACGCCUUCUCCACGCUGGUGCGGCUGGGGGGCGGGACCGAGCCAUCCGACAGGGUGAUUGACGGGCGAGACCUGAUGCCCCUGCUGACUGGCGCGACCCCGCACUCGGCCCACGAGGUUCUGCUGCACUACUGCGAGGUCUUCCUGCACGCGGGGCGCUGGGCAGACCGCGCUCGCGGAAAGGUCUGGAAGGUCCACUUCACCACCCCGACCUUCGACCCCCCUGACUCCGGGUCGUGCAUGGGGCCAGGCCUGUGCCCGUGCGCGGGGGCGGUGACCGAGCACGACCCCCCGCUGCUCUAUGAGCUGACAUCAGACCCAGGGGAGGAACGGCCCCUGGCACCAGGGACGGAGCCCGCAUACGCCGAAGUGGUGGCAAAGCUGAGGCAGGAGCAUGACGUCCAUCACCGCUCCGUGGGGAGCAUACCACAGCAGCUAGGGUCGAUCUACAACGUGUGGCUGCCGUGGCUGCAGCCCUGCUGCGGCCGGUUCUGCGCCUGUGACCUGGAAGGCGGGGCCGGAAGUGAGGAAGAGGGGUGGGGGCGGGACUUUCUUGAGGACCCAAAGUGAUGUUUAUACCAAAGUUACCAAAGAUGGCCUCAUUAGGUCAUAGAUUGCUGUUUCUAUCGCUAUGAAGAAUUGAUGUGGGAUUUUGAUGGGGAUUGCACUGAAUCUAUAGAUUGCUUUUGGCAAGAUGGCCAUUUUUACUAAAUC